AUGAAUGCACCGGUGUCGGACUCACCUUGGGUCCCGCACAAAACUUUGUUUGGGCAAGGGUGUGGAGCUGCGGGCAACACGGUCGCAUACCGUUGUAAUUUUCAAUAUGCUCGAACUCGCGGUCGGCAGAAAGCCCGCCUUAUCAAUCAGCAGCCAGCCCACUCGAACUUCUUCAUUCCUUUUGUGAUCGGUGAAGUAGUCAAGUGCUGUCUCUAG